AUGCGGCACAUCCACGCGGAGACGUCCGUGCCCCCAGAGCACGGCACAGACUCCAGCCUGUCCCGGCCCAGUGGAGAGGCACCCUUGGAGCCUUCCUCGCAGCGCUGCACCCACCGCAGCAUCCUCAUGGGCUACAACGAGACGGAGAUCAAGCGCCAGAAGGUUUACCAGGUCUCCAUCUUCUCCCACCUCUCCAGCUCCUCUGAGAGCACGGAGCAGCGGGCAGGCAGCCGGCCGGCCAGCAAGAGGAGUUACCCCGAGCAGCAAACUCCGGAGUGGGGGCGAGAUCCCAAACGAACUCAUUGGGGUGGUGGUGGGGUGGACGGCAGACGCGACGGGGGCCCUGGGCAGGCUUCCCUGGACGAUGAUGAUACCUUGGAGGAUGGUCUGCUGGUGGAGGAGCUGUCCCUGUGCGGCUCUGCCCAGCACUUCUCCCACAGUGGGCUGCGGGUAGUAGAGCAUCGGUGUGAGGGCAGCCCUAGCCACAGCCCCAAGGCCAGCAGAGAGAACAAGUCGCAGGAUGUCGCCUGCUCCUCCUGGCCCCAGCACAUUGCUUGCAGUACUUUGCACACGAGAGACAGUUGCCCUGUCUCAUCGGGGGAUCAGCCCACAGACUGUGGGGAAAAUGGGGAUCGGGCAAGUGGCCACAGCUUACUUCACCGUGAUUUGCACAAUAUUGCACAAACGGCCCAGUUGGACUCUGGUGGGAAGACAGAGAAGUCAGGGAGCAGCCCAGCUCACAGCAGCAGGACCGGCGGCAAAGAGGAAUGUCCCAUGGCAGCCAACGGGUGCAAGGAGCCCCUGGCUCCGCAGGCAGCCCUCAGCCCCGAGCCCAGCAACCUGAGCUCCAUGGAGAAGACACCCUGUGGGAGCAGCAGGCUCCCCCCAGAAAAAAGAACCCGCCUGCCCGCUGGUGACGUUGUGGCUGACUCCUGCUCUGAAGAUGAGAGCCUGUCCCUGCCGGCAAGGAAGAAGAGGGUCCUGCCGUGCCAUCCGGUGCCUACGGCCUGCCGUAGCACCGAUGCCAAGGGGGCUCCGUUCUGGAAUCACCUGCUUCCCACGGCCAAGAGCUCUGCAGAUUGCACUGCCAUUGGGAGGAGGCUGAAGAGUGGGCUGCGCCUCAAAUCGCGACAUCUUCGGAGCAGCCUCCGGAGGGGUGCCAGGUCCUCUGCAGCGCCCUGGGCCACCACCACUGUCAGCCAUGCUCUACUGGGCAACUUCGAGGAGUCCAUCCUGAAAGGGUGCUUUGCACCCUCGGGGAGGAUUGAGGGGUUCACGGCAGAGAUCGGUGCCAGCGGCUCGUACUGCCCCCAACACGUCACCCUGCCUGUUGACGUCACCUACUUCGACAUCUCCGAGCACAGCGCGCCCUCGCCUUUCCUGGGAGUGAUUGACUUGGAGGCCUUGGGAAAGAAGGGUUACAAUGUCCCCAAAGCUGGAACCAUCCAAGUGACCUUAUUUAACCCCAACAAGACUGUGGUGAAGAUGUUCUUGGUGACGUACGACUUCCAGGACAUGCCGGCCAACCACAUGACCUUCCUACGCCAUCGCAUCUUCCUGGUGCCUGUGGGGGAGGAGGAAGGGGCCACCGUGGUCCCCGGCGGCCCACCGGGCACCGGCCCACCCCGUAGGGUCCUCUGCUACCUGAUGCACCUAAGGUUCCACAGCUCCAAGUCGGGGAAGAUCUACCUUCACGACGACAUCCGGCUGCUUUUCUCCCGCAAGUCAAUUGAGGUCGACUCGGGGAUCCCCUACGAACUGAAGUCCUUCACGGAGAUGCCGAGGAACCCCUGCUACUCGCCCCGGGCCUGA